AUGGCCGCUCUUAGAGUUCCGCAAUUGCUCCUGCGUUCCUCCAGGACGCUCAAUCAGGUACAGCGACCGCUUGUGCAGACCCCUGCAUGGCGCAUGUUGUCAACAAAACAUCCGAAGGGCUUCCAACUACCGACGGAAGACGAUUUGGUCGAAUUGAGGGAAAGAGUGCAGGAAUUCACGAGACGUGAAAUUCCCGAAGAAGUUGCUGCACGGACGGAUCAGCAAAAUGAAUUCCCCAUGGAAAUGUGGCAGAAGUUGGGAGACGCUGGGUUCCUUGGGGUUACAGCAGACGAAGAAUAUGGCGGAUUGGCCAUGGGAUACCAGGCGCAUUGUAUAGUCCUCGAAGAGAUCAGCAGAGCUUCAGGAAGCAUUGGUCUCUCCUACGCCGCUCACUCGCAGCUUUGCGUCAAUCAGCUUUCAUUGAAUGGAUCGCCAGAGCAGAAAGCCAGGUUUCUCCCUGGUCUGAUAUCUGGCCAGAAGGUCGGUGCGCUAGCCAUGUCUGAACAUUCUGCCGGUUCGGAUGUCGUGAGCAUGAAGACGACGGCGAAAGCUGUCGACGGUGGCUGGCUGCUCAACGGGACAAAGAUGUGGAUCACGAACGGACCCGAUGCGGACUUCAUUGUCGUGUAUGCGAAAACGGAACCCGAGAAAGGAUCGAAGGGCAUCACGGCCUUCGUGGUCGAAAAGACCUUCAAGGGUUUCUCCUGCGCUCGAAAACUCGAUAAGCUAGGAAUGCGUGGCUCGAAUACGGGCGAGCUUAUCUUCGAGGAUGUCUUUGUCCCCAAAGAGAACAUCCUUGGAGAGGUAAACAAGGGCGUCAAGGUCCUUAUGGAAGGCUUGGACCUCGAGAGACUUGUUCUGAGUGCUGGUCCUUUGGGAAUCAUGCAAGCUGCACUCGACCUCGUUCUUCCCUACACCCACACCCGAAAGCAGUUCGGGACUCCCGUUGCAUACAAUCAACUCAUCCAAGGCAAACUUGCAGAUAUGCAUACCAAACUCGCGGCUUCCCGUGCGUAUACCUAUUCCACAGCUCGUGGCAUCGAUGCUUCUGCUGUCUCAGGCCACGGGACCGUUGUUCCCACGAAAGAUUGCGCCGGUGCUAUCCUCUACGCUGCGGAACGAGCCACUGAGUGUGCCUUGGAUGGUAUCCAGCUGAUGGGAGGAACCGGGUAUAUUAAUGAGAUCCCGGCUGGUAGAUUGCUUCGCGAUGCGAAGUUGUAUGAGAUUGGUGCCGGCACGAGCGAGAUUCGACGAAUGGUAAUUGGAAGGGCAUUUCACAAGGAAUAUUCAUGA